AUGCCAACCCUACCUUCCGUGAACCACGACCGGGAAUUCUCUCUUCCUCUUUCAGUUCCUGAUUCUAUUCCUCCUGUUCCUGCCAUCUCCCCGACUAAUCAACCCUCCCCUUUCAACUCUUCCACUUUCACUAGAUCUGUCGUCGGUUCUAUCUCCCGCCGCAAUCGACGUUCUUUAGCCACCUUUGCGCAUAAGACUACAAGUGCUCUGGCCGGUCUGUCAAUCGGUCAACCUUCUUCUUUGCGCGCUUCUCCUUUUGCUACAAGUCUUUACAAGCAUUCCCCCUUGACCCCUCCACUAUUAGACAGUGAUUCUUGCGAGCCAUUGUCUGACUUCUCUUGUCCAAUCUCACCGGACUUUGCCGAUACCUUGACUAUUCAAAAUCGUCGCUCAUUUUUGCAGCGCCCAAUUACUCCUCCUCAAGAAUACCGUUCUGUCCCGUCGGGAACAGCGCAACUCGCGCCCAAAAUGCACCAAACAUCAUCUCGGUUGUUGCGCAUGACCGAAGAUGAGCGCCCCUUUACCAAGGAUUUCAUGGACUUGUUCUCCACUCUGAUGGUUAGCUUGAAGUUGGACUCGCAUCGUGUUCGUUUCACUCGAUAUGACCACACCUUUACUUCCGAGGAGGCAAUCAACAACUUGGGAUCCCUCAAGUUCUCCCAAUCGAACCGAAUGCCCGACCCGAAGGAUCCGUCACGUAUUGUCACCACCACUACAACCACCACCUUCUCCAUGGCCAAGGAAAUGGCACGUUCAGUCUGCCAACGUUUUGUCGAUGCUCGCUUCAUCGAAGCGGUUGAUGGCAGACCGUUGGCAAUUUUCCCCCUCAAGGGAGCUCUUUUCCAAUUGACACCGAAGGGAAUCAACAUUCUGCAGCGUUUCUGCCAGCGGAAUGGAAUUACUGCCCGUCACGUGAUGGACGUACUGGAGUCCCCCCGCAACACAAUGCAAUUAGUGAACCUGGAACGGGAUACCGAUUCUGACAAGCUGUCCCAUGACCGAGCCACGAUCGAAGUGAUUUUCCGCCGCUUUGCUGGACAGGAUGGCCCCAACAUUAAGAGCAGCAUUUCGACCUCCGAUUCUGAUUCGCUAAGCGACUACUCUAAUGGUUUGGUGGGUGUGAAGAUGGCUCGGGAACGGAAAUUGCUAGAUGGCAAGGUCUACAACAACACCUUUACUGGAAAGGGAGCCGUGGAUUGGUUGAUGGAUUGUUCGACCACCAUUGAGCGCCGAGAGACUUGCUUGAUUGCCGAGCUGUUCCUCAAGUACGGCCUAAUCACCAUGAUUCAAGACGAUAAGGCAUUCCCCGACUCGAAUGCUUUGUUCCAACCGUCCAAGUACUCCAUCUAUUGUAUUACCGAUCGAGGCCAGCGUGUAUGUGGAUGGAUUGCCCGUGAUAACAAGAACCGUGUGGAGAGCACCGCCUACGACAGCCGCGGCAUGCCUCGCGAUUCCAACAAUGCUCGCUUGACACACAUCCUGCAAGACCCCGCUCUUCGUUUAUUGUUCCGUGAAUUCCUCCGGUACUCCCUCUGCGAAGAGAACUUGUCCUUCUACUUGGACGUCUCUGAAUUUACUUCCAGCUACCACAAGGCGGAGAAGACCGGUACAUUCACCAAAGUCGACUCGGUCCGGGAAACCUUGGCUGCUGCCUACGGCUUGUACAACGCGUUUCUGGCCCCUGGAUCUCCUUGUGAGCUAAACAUUGAUCACGCCCUGCGCAACAGCCUGGCUAGUCGCAUGACCAAGGCUGUCGGUGACGAUGAUUCGAUGUUUAAGAGCCUUCAGGAGGUCGUACAUCUGUUUGAACUGGCUCAAACAUCAGUUUUCAAGUUGAUGUCUAGUGACUCUGUCCCGAAGUUUCUUCGUGACCCUAAGUACUCUGUUGUUCUGCAAGAACACGAUGUUGAUAUUUUUGGAGGCCCUCGUUCGUACUCACCGACCCCUGCAGGCAGCGGCCCAGAACGUACUAUGAGCCGUUCAGCCCGCAGCACAUGA